AUGAAAAGAAAGGAUCAAACGCGUGCUCUUGAUAUGAUUCAGAGUGAUCCAGAACUCUCGACCUUAUCGGUGAUCCAAGCACCACUUGUUGAUGUUGAGAUAAGAGGUGUUCCUGCCCUCAAAUUUCUGGGUGACAUUAUCUGGAAAUGA